AUGAAUUCAGACUUGCCAGAAAUCACCCAAAAUGAGAACGAAUAUGUAAGUUGUGAUAAAUAAAGAAUUUCUUUUCAAGAAUUCCAAACAUUUUCCAGCCCUAUUCAAUAUCUUGGUUCGAUAUCCCCGAAGUUGCACGAGAAGUAGUUAUCAAUAAAAUGGAUCCGAUGACAGUUUUUCGCUUCAAACAAUGCUCAAAAUUGUGCGCCACAGAAGGGAAAAGAUCGAAAAAUGCGAUGCACAAAAUCCAAUUGAACUACACCGAAAAAGGCACUCAUAUUUGUUUUCAUUUGACAAAUGAGUAUCCAAGAUGUCCGCAUUUUCGAUAUACUUUUGUUGAGAGCAAAACGAAAAACAAAAAAUGGGCAAAUACAACUGUUUGUCAGGAAAAGAUUGAAUAUGAGGAAUGGGAACAACGUGAUCAUGAGGAUUUUAUGAACGAAUUUGACGAAGAUGAUGAUGAUUACGGGGGCGAACAUCAAUAUAUCAAUAAAUUGAGCGAAGAACAAUGGAGAGUUAUGGAAAAUGGGGAAAUUGAUGGAGUUGUUGUGAAAUAUUUGGAGAAGUUUCUCGAGGAAUAUAAAUAUUCUCUCAAAUCAUUUGUUCAUGAUGUAAGAUUUUUUAAAGCCAAAAAACCACGUGGAACUUUGAAAAUUCAAAUAUUUUGCAGGCAAUCGGUACCAAAAUUGGAAACUUGGACAUGAAACAUUUGAAAAAUCUCGAAGACACCAUGGAAUUCGAGGGUUUCGAUGUUAUGAAGAACAAUCUAUUGACCAUCAAUCAAAUUGCAAAAUGCACUGAAAAAGUCUGGCUGCGAAGAACCGAUUUGACAUUUGAUGAAUUGAUUCAACUCAAAGCAAAGGAUAUUUUUGUUGGAGCAAAAGAUUUGACAAAUGAACAAGUCAAAAGAUAUUUGAAGAUGUGGGAAAAUGGAGAGAUUGAUGAGAAUAUUAGAAAUCUUCAUAUUGAACCGAAAGAAUUUGAAACUUUGGAUGAAGAAUAUUAUACAAAUGGAUUAUUGACAGUGUUUGAAAGCGAAGAAGACGAAGAACCAGCAUAUAAAAGACAAAGGUGAGUUUUUUUGGGCAGAUUUUGAAUCAGAGCAUCUCAAAUGAGUUGGUCGAUUUUUCUGAUUUCAUACGGUUUUUAAAAAUUACUGGGCAAAUUUUCAGAUCGUCUUUCAUUGCAUUCAAAUUUAUGGCACUAGGACAAUAG